AGUGUGUGUGAAUGGCUCAUCUGAUUUGGGAAAGUGUCCACAAACUAGGAUACUACAGUCUACGGAACAGCUUGGGCACCCCUUAGGAUUCCAUCUCCCAGUGGUGUUCAGGGUACAGCUCGGAGAACCCAGACUAGGUUGUUCAGAGAUUCUUAGCUGUGCAGUCAGACUGGCCUGAUGGCAUGCUGCAUCCAACUUCAGCUCAGAGUCUGGAGGCAAUAAAGACCUUGCCUGGGAGCAGCUUUCCGUUCAAUACACCCAGAGGUGCAUAGCGUAAUGUCCAUGCUGUACUACACUCUGAUUAUAGCUUUUUUGCUCGGCAUACAGGCAGCACCAAAGUCAGAGGACAAUGCCCCAUGGGGGUUUCCUGCAGGACCCACCAUUCCAAAUAUCCAUCGGACUAAAGCAAAUCACGUUGCCAAGGCAGCUCAACACACAGCCAAUCAUCACCUUGCUGGGAAGGUAGACAGCAGAGAAGCUGGACAGGCAGCAAACAUCACUGUGGAUCCAAAGCUUUUCAGAAAGAGACGAUUCCGGUCCCCUCGGGUUCUGUUCAGCACGCAGCCCCCUCCAGUGUUGGGGGAUGGACAGAACAUGGAGUAUUUGGGCAGUGCAGAUUCUCUUAACAGGACUAUUCGAACCAAGCGGACUGCUCAUCCUGUGCUGCACCGGGGAGAAUUCUCAGUUUGUGACAGUGUCAGCAUGUGGGUUGGGGACAAAACCACAGCUACUGACAUCAAAGGCAAAGAGGUGACAGUGCUGGGAGAGGUGAACAUUAACAACAAUGUUUUCAAGCAGUACUUUUUCGAAACCAAAUGCAGGGACCCUAAGCCAGUCUCCAGUGGGUGUCGGGGAAUUGAUGCUAAGCACUGGAAUUCCUACUGCACCACCACGCACACCUUUGUCAAAGCACUGACAAUGGAAGGCAAGCAAGCAGCCUGGAGAUUUAUCCGAAUCGAUACUGCAUGUGUGUGCGUGCUCAGCCGGAAAACAGUGAGACCUUGAGAUGGAACAAACACUCAUGCCCACAUCCUCCCAUCCCCCCUACCUCAGCCUGUAAAUUAUUUUAAAUUAUAAGGACUGCAUGGUAUAUUUAUAGUUUAUACAGUAAAGAAAGAACCUCGCUAUUUAUUAAA